AUGGCUUCACCGACAACCGACGGCAAGAAGGAGAGCUCGUACCACCACCAUCACCACGCCUCCUACAACGCGAUCCGCGGAAACCUCGAGCGCGCGCUGCGCGGAAGCAUCGAGCGCAUGCGCGGGGCGCGGGGGAGCAUCGAGCGCAACGCGACCGCCGUCGGCGGAAACCUGGAGCGCGCCAUCCGCAUUGCGCGCGGAAACCGCCAAUUGCCCGCCUACCUCCUCUUCCUCGUCGCGCUGAUCUCCCUAUCGGUCCUUGUUUCCCAGUCCUCUGAUUGGACACCGUCCGCGGUCUUCGACAACGCCGAUUCGAUAACGGUCUCUUUUCCCGCCAAAACCGACUCCAGCCAUCCGAGCGGCGCGACGGCAGAAGCGGCAGGCACGAAUACCAAUGGUGCUGCCGAGAAAACACUAGUCUGGGAGACCUCCUGUCUGGGCGUUACUAAGGAGCAGUACUUAAUCUCCGGGGCUAAAUACCUCUACGUUCCGACGGCGGGCGACCUGUGUAUGGGGAUGGGGCAUUUUAAGUGGAGCCUGGUGUGUAGGCUGUCUGAGGCGGCGUUCUUAAAUCGAACGCUGGUGCUGGAUACGAUGGUGUGCUUAAACGGGGCACAUAAUAACGAGGGGUAUGGGCUGGUGCGGCCGCUCUAUGCCUACUUCGACUUACACGAGCUAAAGAGGUAUCAUCUGCCUGGAUUCAGAAUGGUGUGGGUGGGUCAUGGGUGGGUAAGAAGCGGUGCAGAGGGGUAUGGGCUGGUGCGGCCGCUGUAUGCCUACUUCGAUCUGCACGAGCCGAAGAGCCCCCCGCCCUUUCCCCCUCCCUGCCGAGCCACCUCCCCUUCACGCCACUACAUUCGUGUGACUUUUGAGAAUUCUCAAAAGUCACACGGCUUCAGAGAAGCCGCCCCAUCCGCCCACCUCUCCACUCUCAUCGCUCCCAAGCUCCCUACCCCUUGCCCCGGGCCCAUUCUUUCUCCCCCCCCUUCCCCCAUCUACCUCCCAUUCGCCAGCAGCAGCACUGGCAGAGGGGCAGAGGGGCAGAGGGGGACAGGAGGGACGGCAGCAGCCCCAUCUGCUCAUCUCCCCACUCUCAUCGCUCCUAAGCUCGAGCCAGCAGCAGCGCUGGCAGAGGGGGAGAGGAGGGACGUGCAGCUGACCAAUCAUAGUCCUAUGCCUUCCCCCUCAUUGCCAGCAGCAGCACUGGUUUCAGGGCAGCAGCCCCAUCUGCUCAUCUCUCCACUCUCAUCGCUCCCAAGCUCAGUUUCCCCUGUCUCCCUUGUCCCCCUCAUUUCCCCACGCCCCUUCCCCAGCCACCUGCCCUUCACCCCACUACAGGGCUUCAGGGCAGCCGCCCCAUCUGCCCAUCUCUCCACUCUCAUCACUCCCAAGCUCGAGCCAGCAGCGGCGCUGGCAGAGGGUGAGAGGAGGGACUUGCAGCUGAUCAUUCGGAAUCCCACUCCUUUUGUCAAACUCUCUUCUCCUCCCUUCCGUUCUUCUCCCUUCCCCAUAUCUCCCCCAUCUGCCCCCCUCCCCCUGCCCCAGCCAUCUCCCCUUCACCCCUCUACAGGGCUUCAGGGCAGCAGCCCCGGCUUCAGGACAGUAGCCCCAUCCGCCCAUCUCGCCACUCUCAUCGCUCCCAAGCUCGAGCCAGCAGCGGCGCUGGCAGAGGGGGAGAGGAGGGACGUGCAACUUAUCAUUCGGAAUCUCACCUCCACUACGGAUUUUGGGUUCGCCUCGUGUGAUGCACCCGAGGGGGCGGUGAGUGGCUGGCAGUGGUGA